AAGCGUCAAUCAGAUGCAACUAGUCUGAAGAUCGAAGGUGACGAAGAAGAACCGGCUGAACCUCAGUCCUUCCAAAGAUCGUCAAGUCCAGCAGCUCUGAAUCGUAACAAAGGCGCCACCUAUGAAAAUGUCCGUGACGGAGGGAUCAAUAAAAUGCAGCGGUUCUCCUUGUACGAGACCAGUUCCAGAUUUUAUCUUGUUGGCGGGGAUGUUAUGGACAAACAUUUUAGAGUAUUGAAGGUUGAUCGUACUGCGCCGCCGGGACAGUUGCAGAUUACCGAAGACGACAUAGUUUACGACAAACGAGAAAUGAACCAGCUACUCAAUGCUAUCGAUGAUGGUAACAAAGGAAGUGGAGGACUGAAGUUGAAGUGUAGUUCUUGGGGCAUUUUGGGAUUUAUUCGAUUCACUGAGGCCUAUUACAUGCUCCUCAUCACGAAACGAACGCAAGUUGCCAUCAUUGGAGGUCAUUACAUUUAUCGAGUUGAUGGUACUGAUCUGGUACCACUGACCACUGGUUCUACAUCUCGCUUCCAAAGCAACAGGAACCCAGAAGAGGCGCGAUUCCUAGGCAUCCUCAAUAAUUUGGACCUCACGAAAGGAUUCUAUUUUAGCUAUUCGUACAACAUCACGCGCACACUCCAGGACAAUAUCAUGCGAGAGCGUAACGCUAUCAAAGAUGGCAAGCGGCGUGCUAAACGAGACUUCAACGACAUGUUUGUUUGGAACAACUACCUUCUUGCGCCUGCGUUUGGAGCUGUCAAGAACCUUUAUGACUGGUGCUUUCCGAUCACACAUGGGUUUGUGGACCAGUCUUCCUUGGAUGUCUUUGGACGUCGCAUCCACAUAACCAUAAUCGCUCGAAGAUCGCGAUUUUUCGCUGGUGCACGUUUUCUCAAACGAGGUGCUAAUGAUUUAGGAUAUGUUGCAAACGACGUUGAAACAGAGCAGAUCAUAUCAGAAGUGUUGACAACUUCGUUCCAUGCUCCAGGACCUCGUCUAUAUGCAAACCCUACAUACACAUCGUAUGUACAGCAUCGUGGCAGCAUUCCUUUGUAUUGGUCACAGGAUAAUACUGGUGUGACGCCGAAACCCGACAUUACCCUGAAUAUGAUUGAUCCAUUCUAUAGUGCUGCAGCACUUCAUUUCGAUAAUCUAUUUGAAAGAUACGGAGCUCCUGUCUAUGCACUCAAUCUCAUCAAAGCACGCGAGCGAACUCCUCGAGAAUCUAAGCUCUUAUAUGAGUAUCAGAAUGCGAUCGCGUAUCUCAAUCAGACGCUGCCAGAGGACAAAAAGAUCAUGUAUGAAGCUUUCGAUAUGAGCAGAGCCUCCAAGACGCGUGGACAAGAUGUUAUUGGUACACUCGAAAUCCUUGCAGAGAGGGUCCUAGACAAGACAGGCUUCUUUCACAACGGCGAUAACGAUCUACACACAUCCAAGAUUCAGAACGGAGUAGCCAGAACAAAUUGUAUCGACUGCUUAGAUCGAACAAACGCAGCACAGUUCGUGAUUGGCAAGCGCGCACUCGGUAGACAACUGCAGGCUCUUGGGGUAAUCAGUGGUAGCACUGUGGAGUACGACUCUGACUGCGUCAACAUAUUCACUCACAUGUUUCAUGACCAUGGUGACACCAUUGCAAUUCAAUACGGAGGCUCUCAUCUGGUGAACACCAUGGCGACCUAUCGGAAGCUCAACCAUUGGCAAAGUCAUUCCCGCGAUCUGGUCGAAAGUUUCAAGCGCUACUACCACAAUUCGUUCCUCGACUCACAGCGCCAAGAAGCGUACAACCUGUUCCUUGGCCAUUACAUAUUCUCGCAAGGGCAGCCUUUCUUGUGGGAUCUAACCACUGAUUACUACUUACAUCAUACACAUCCACGAUCAUGGUCAAACAAGCGCAGAAGUUAUAUUCAGUGGUACACACCGGGCUACCUUGAACCUCGUACUAUGCCUGAGAUCGAGGGACCAGCGCCAAAGUAUCAUGACAAGAAUUUGUCAUUCUUCGAUGACUACUGGAUGGAAUACUACCGCCCUUUAGCAAUAUCAUCAUUCUUGAAGAUUUUCCAGUUUCGUAUGAACUCAACGAUCAACUAUCUUCCCGAGAAGAUUGACGGCCAGUAUGACCUAAGCCCGUUCCACCCCCGUAAGCUACCUCCCGGUGAAACAUCUCGCGAGCGAGAAAAGAAAGUCCGAAAAGGGGUGACUAUCGUUGAUCCGAACAGCGAUCCGGAGAAACGUACCUCGACCUUGCCCUAUUCUCCUAGAUAUCAGCCAUCGCCCGUAAAACAAACAAGCAUUUUACGCAGUGAGUCGGGAACAUAUGGCCUGCCACUUUUGACGACGUCUUGGCCUAAUACCGGCACAUCUACAUCCGGGUCCGUCCCAUCAGCACGAAAUUCUCUACUUCUAGCGGACAAGAACGCGAUGUCACAGUGGACACUGAAUCAACUAAUGCACCAUUCUCUGCAUCCGUCAGUAACUCCUGCUGAAGAAGAGGAGUACGAACACUACGUGUCGCAUCCCUUGAAUCUUCCACUUGUUACCUCAUAUCCAACCCCAGAUGAUUACGCUACCAAUCAAGACUUUGUCGACUACAUACCUUACACCGAGCUACAAUCCGUUUUUGGUCUUGAGGAUAUAGUCGAAGGAGUCCAGAGUCAUACCCACAGCCGCAGUGUCUUCCCGACAACUUCCGAACACGACUUUGGACUGCAGCGUCAGGCCACCCAUUCCAGAAGUCGUAGCAUGCCACAAACGAAAGCAGAAGCUCAAGCAGCACGGGACGUUGCGAGAGAUGAACAGUACACCCUCGCGCAGACUCCUGUGCAACGUAUUGCACCACAGCAUAGCCAAAGAAGUAAACAAGAGCCAAGUGAGGAGGAUAUUGCGGAAUAUACAGCAUUUCUGGAGGUCGCAGAGAAUCCGUUGACGGUGACAGAAGCAGAUGGAGAUAAGAAGAGGUAUAAAGCAUAUCGACAGUGGCUGAGAGGAAAGAGUUUGUUCAAGCAAAGCAAAAUUGAUCCCGAGUGGAAGGAUACAUUUGGGGUC